UGGGCUGAAUGAGACCGGCGGCGCUGCUCGCAUCGUCCCUGCGGAGUGGUCAGCACGGACUGGGCGGGCCAGGGCGGGGCCGGAGCCAAGGUCUGGAGGUACCCCAAGUGUUAGCUGCAGUCACAGCCCGGCUGCCCGCGGCAGAACCGGGUUGCGAGGCCGAGGGCGCCGCCCUUCUCCUGGAGCAUCAGCUCCAGGACCGCGACUGGACGCGCAGGGCCGCCGCCGGCCCGCACCACUAGCCGCCAAGAUGUGCGACUGCUUCCACGUGGUGCUGCCUACCUGGCCCGGAGCCCCCGGCAGCGUGUCUGGCCGGCAGCUGCAGCAGCAGGAGCCAGAGGCUGAGACAGAAGACGACUACUCUGUGACCGAAGGGCCUGUGGGUGAAGUCGUUCGGCCAAGGCCACAGGGGUCCUCACCUGUUUAUGAAUACACAGCUGAAGGUGCUGGCUUUGGAGGUCAGGAAACAGGCCAAGGCAGGCACAGCUCCUCAGGCAGACGGAGAUCCUGGUGGAGACGGGAUUCAGGGGAAUCCACAGCCUUCGCCAGCAUGAGUCAUCCAGGGUCUGUGCAGGAGUCGACAGAGGUGACACUGAAGACGGAUGUAGAGUCAGGAGCCAGUGGCUACAGCGUCACAGGUGGAGGGGACCAGGGGAUCUUUGUCAAGCAAGUACUGAAGGACUCCUCGGCUGCCAAGCUGUUCAACCUGAGAGAAGGAGAUCAACUGCUUAGUGCAACCAUAUUCUUCGACCACAUGAAGUAUGAAGAUGCACUUAAAAUCCUUCAGUACUCGGAACCCUACAAAGUGCAGUUCAAAAUCAAACGGAAACUCUCAGCCAACGAGGGAGAGGAAGGAGCUGUUCAGCAUCCCCAGCAAGGCCAGAAAGGCAAGGAGAAGCAGGACAUUGCCGAUGGAUGCACGGAGACACCUACAAAAUCUGUAGACGGAGCUGGAGACCGAGAAAGACUUAUUUCGAAGAGCAGGGAUGAUCGCCAUAGGCGGCCCCAAGACAGAUUCUCCUGGCCAAAAUUUCAAGCCUUAAGGAGCAAGAGGAGAGCAGGCCCCCGACGCUCGCACAGUUCCUCAGAAGCCUCGGAGCACAGGGACACACGUGACCUGUCCCCCACAAGCACAGACACAGAGCUCCAGCUGACAACUGACAGAGAGGACCAGAGCUCAGGGGCAGGGAGACAAAGAAGGAGAUUCCUGAACUUGAGGAUUGGAAUGACCUCAGGUCAGAGCCCAGUUACAACUGAGCAAAAGGACAGCAAGCCCCAGGAUAGGAGAGAGCAGGCCGCGGUGCUGGGAGAGGGCAAAUCAAAGGAGGACGAGAGGAAGGACACACAGGGGGCAGAAGAGGGCCAAACGAAGGACAAGAAACAGAAAACUGGGUUCAUGUCAACUACUAGGCAAAAGACCACGAGGGACAAUUACUCCAACUUAGAAAAGGAAGCAGAUGGGAAAAAGGAAUUUAAGACAGAAAGACAUCAAAAGAAGAAAAAGCAGGUAAAGAAAGAAAAAAAGGAUGAAAAACUUGUGCAAAUUACAAAGGAGAUACCACAAGAAUUGCAGUGGGAGGACAGUUGGGAGGAAGUACAGAGUCUGGAAAUUGGCAUUGCAAGACUGUCUCUGAAAGACACACAAGAACAACACUUGGAUGCAGAGAUACAGGGAGGUGAUGGCAAGCAGGACAAGGACAUGGCCUCCAAAGACACCAAGUUCAAGAUGCCCAAGUUCAAGAUGCCCUCCUUCAGUGUGUCGGCGCCUGGGAAGCCCACCGUGGAUACCUCCCUGGAGGUGGGGGCGCCAAAGGUGGAGGGGGACAUGGCGCUGCCCUACGUGCAGGGCGACCUGAAGCCAACUGACGUCAGCAUUCAGCUGCCUUCUGCUAACCUGGAGCUCAAGGCAGGGAAGGAGGGCGUUAAGCAGCCGGAGGACCAGUCGACCGAUGCAGAGACUCCCACCCAGGCUGCUGCUGGGGCCGGCCUUAAGGGCCACCUACCCAAGGUGCAGAUGCCCAGCCUCAAGAUGCCCAAGGUAGAUGUCAAGGGGCCCCACGUGGACCUAAAGGCCCCAAAAGUGGACGUGACGGGGGUCAAGGGUGAGGUGAGGUCCCCCGACCUGGAGGUCACCCUGCCGGGCGUGGAGGUGGACAUCCAGGCACCCGCUGCCAAGGUAGAAGGGGACAAGGCUCUGGGAGACAAGGACUUGGCCACCAAAGACAGCAAGUUCAAGAUGCCCAAGUUUAAGAUGCCCUCCUUCGGCGUGUCUGUGCCUGGCAAGCCCACCGUGGAUGCCUCACUGCAUGUGGGGACUCCCAAGGUGGAGGGGGAGGUGGCGCUGCCCUCCGUGGAGGGCGACUUGAAGACACCUGACAUCAGCAUUCAGCUGCCUUCUGCCCACCUGGAGCUCAGGCCCAGGCAGGAGGGCGUGAAGCUGGCGGAGGACCAGCCAACCGAUGCAGAGACAUCCGUCCAGGCUGCUGCUGGCACCAGCCUUAAGGGCCACCUACCCAAGGUGCAGAUGCCCAGCCUCAAGAUGCCCAAGGUGGACCUCAAAGGCCCCCACGUGGACGUGAAAGGCCCCAAAGUGGAUGAGAAAGGCCCCAAAGUGGACGUGAAGGGAGCCAAGGGCAAAGUGAGAGCCCCUGACCUGGAUGUGGCCCUGCCUGGCGUGGAGGUGGACAUUGAGGCACCCUGUGCCAAGCUGGAAGGGGACGUCUUGCUGGGUGACCAAGAUGUGGCUGCCAAAGACAGCAGGUUCAAGAUGCCCAAGUUCAAGAUGCCCUCCUUUAGUGUGUCCGCAUCUGGCAAGCCCAGUGUGGAGGCCUCCCUGGAGGUGGGGGCUCCCAAGGUGGAGGGGGACGUGGCGCUGCCCUCCGUCCAGGGUGACCUGAAGACUCCUGACGUCAGCAUUCAGCUGCCUUCCACUGACCUGGAGAUCAGGGCAGGCCAGGAGGGCGUUAACCUUAUGAAGGAUCACCCUCCGGAUGUAGAGACGCACGCCAGGGCUGCUGCCGGGGGCGGCCUGAAGGGCCACAUGCCCAAGGUGCACAUGCCCAGCAUCAAGAUGCCUAAGGUGGAACUCAAGGGACCCCACGUGGACAUGAAGGGACCCAAACUGGAAGUGAAGGGCGCUGAGGGCGAGGUGAGCGGCCCCGAACUUGAGGUCUCCCUGCCCGGCGUGGAGGUGGACAUCCAGGCUCCUAGUGUAAACCUGGAAGGGGACGUGGUGCUGGCUGAGAAGGACCUGGCUGCCAAAGACACUAAGUUUAAAAUGCCCAAGUUCAAGAUGCCCUCCUUCGGUGUAUCCAUUCCUGGGAAGCCCACCAUGGAGGCCUCCCUUGAGGUGGGGGCUCCCAAGGUGGAGGGGGACGUGGCGCUGCCAUCGGGGAAGGGGGACCUGAAGACACCUGACGUCAGCAUUCAGCUGCCUUCUGCCCACCUGGAUCUCAGGGCCGGUCAGGUUGGCGUGAAGCUGGCGGAGGACCAGCCGACCGAUGCAGAGACAUCCGUCCAGGCUGCUGCUGGGGUCAGCCUUAAGGGCCACCUACCCAAGGUGCAGAUGCCCAGCCUCAAGAUGCCCAAGGUAGAUGUCAAGGGGCCCCAUGUGGACCUAAAGGACCCAAAAGUGGACGUGACGGGGGUCAAGGGUGAGGUGAGGUCCCCCGACCUGGAGGUCACCCUGCCGGGCGUGGAGGUGGACAUCCAGGCACCAGCUGCCAAGGUAGAAGGGGACAAGGCUCUGGGAGACAAGGACUUGGCCACCAAAGACAGCAAGUUCAAGAUGCCCAAGUUCAAGAUGCCCUCCUUUCGUGUGUCCGCACAUGGCAAGCCCACCGUGGAGGCCUCCCUGGAGGUGGGGGCUCCCAAGGUGGAGGGGGACGUGGUGUUGCCCUCAGUGCAGGGCGACAAGAAGACACCUGACGUCAGCAUUCAGCUGCCUUCUGCCCACCUGGAUCUCAGGGCCGGUCAGGUUGGCUUGAAGCUGGCAGAAGACCAGCCGACCGAUGCAGAGACAUCUGCCCAGGCUGCUGCUGGGGCCAGCCUUAAGGGCCACCUACCCAAGGUGCAGAUGCCCAGCCUCAAGAUGCCCAAGGUAGAUGUCAAGGGACCCCACGUGGACCUAAAGGUCCCAAAAGUGGACAUGACUGGGGACAAGGGUGAGGUGAGGUCCCCUGAACUGGAGGUCGCCUUGCCCGGUGUGGAGGUGGACAUCCAGGGGCCGGCUGCCAAGGUAGGAGGGGACAUGGCUCUCGGAGAGAAAGAGGUGGCCACCAAAGACAGCAAGUUCAAGAUGCCAAAGUUCAAGAUGCCCUCCUUCGGCGUGUCCGUGCCUGGCAAGCCCACCGUGGAUGCCUCCCUGCGUGUGGGGGCUCCCAAGGUGGAGGGGGAGGUGGUGCUGCCCUCCGUGCAGGGCGACCUGAAGACACCUGACGUCAGCAUGCAGCUUCCUUCUGCCGACCUGGAGCUCAGGCCCAGGCAGGAGGGCGAGAAACUGUCAGAGGACCUGCCGAGAGAUGCAGAGACAUCCGCCCAGGCUGCUGCUGGCGCCAGCCUUAAGGGCCACCUGCCCAAGGUGCAGAUGCCCAGCCUCAAGGUGCCCAAGGUAGACCUCAAAGGCCCCCACGUGGACGUGAAAGGCCCCAAAGUGGACGUUAAAGACCCCAAAGUGGACGUGAAGGGAGCCAAGGGCGAAGUGAGAGCCCCUGACCUGGAUGUGGCCCUACCCGGUGUGGAGGUCGACAUCCAGGCACCCUGUGCCAAGCUGGAAGGGGAUGUCUUGCUGGGUGACCAAGACGUGGCCGGCAAAGACACCAAGUUCAAGAUGCCCAAGUUCAAGAUGCCCUCCUUUAGUGUGUCCGCAUCUGGCAAGCCCAGUGUGGAGGCCUCCCUGGAGGUGGGGGCUCCCAAGGUGGAGGGGGAUGUGGCGCUGCCCUCUGUGCAGGGUGACCUGAAGACACCUGACGUCAGCAUUCAGCUGCCUUCCACUGACCUGGAGAUCAGGGCAGGCCAGGUGGGCGUUAACCUUAUGAAGGAUCAGCCUCCGGAUGUAGAGACGCACGCCAGGGCUGCUGCCGGGGGCGGCCUGAAGGGCCACAUGCCCAAGGUGCACAUGCCCAGCAUCAAGAUGCCCAAGGUGGAACUCAAGGGACCCCACGUGGACAUGAAGGGACCCAAACUGGAAGUGAAGGGCGCUGAGGGCGAGGUGAGCGGCCCCGAACUUGAGGUCUCCCUGCCUGGCGUGGAGGUGGACAUCCAGGCUCCUAGUGUAAACCUGGAAGGGGACGUGGUGCUGGCUGAGAAGGACCUGGCUGCCAAAGACACUAAGUUUAAAAUGCCCAAGUUCAAGAUGCCCUCCUUCGGUGUAUCCAUUCCUGGGAAGCCCACCAUGGAGGCCUCCCUUGAGGUGGGGGCUCCCAAGGUGGAGGGGGACGUGGCGCUGCCAUCGGGGAAGGGGGACCUGAAGACACCUGACGUCAGCAUUCAGCUGCCUUCUGCCCACCUGGAUCUCAGGGCCGGUCAGGUUGGCGUGAAGCUGGCGGAGGACCAGCCGACCGAUGCAGAGACAUCCGUCCAGGCUGCUGCUGGGGUCAGCCUUAAGGGCCACCUACCCAAGGUGCAGAUGCCCAGCCUCAAGAUGCCCAAGGUAGAUGUCAAGGGGCCCCAUGUGGACCUAAAGGACCCAAAAGUGGACGUGACGGGGGUCAAGGGUGAGGUGAGGUCCCCCGACCUGGAGGUCACCCUGCCGGGCGUGGAGGUGGACAUCCAGGCACCAGCUGCCAAGGUAGAAGGGGACAAGGCUCUGGGAGACAAGGACUUGGCCACCAAAGACAGCAAGUUCAAGAUGCCCAAGUUCAAGAUGCCCUCCUUUCGUGUGUCCGCACAUGGCAAGCCCACCGUGGAGGCCUCCCUGGAGGUGGGGGCUCCCAAGGUGGAGGGGGACGUGGUGUUGCCCUCAGUGCAGGGCGACAAGAAGACACCUGACGUCAGCAUUCAGCUGCCUUCUGCCCACCUGGAUCUCAGGGCCGGUCAGGUUGGCUUGAAGCUGGCAGAAGACCAGCCGACCGAUGCAGAGACAUCUGCCCAGGCUGCUGCUGGGGCCAGCCUUAAGGGCCACCUACCCAAGGUGCAGAUGCCCAGCCUCAAGAUGCCCAAGGUAGAUGUCAAGGGACCCCACGUGGACCUAAAGGUCCCAAAAGUGGACAUGACUGGGGACAAGGGUGAGGUGAGGUCCCCUGAACUGGAGGUCGCCUUGCCCGGUGUGGAGGUGGACAUCCAGGGGCCGGCUGCCAAGGUAGGAGGGGACAUGGCUCUCGGAGAGAAAGAGGUGGCCACCAAAGACAGCAAGUUCAAGAUGCCAAAGUUCAAGAUGCCCUCCUUCGGCGUGUCCGUGCCUGGCAAGCCCACCGUGGAUGCCUCCCUGCGUGUGGGGGCUCCCAAGGUGGAGGGGGAGGUGGUGCUGCCCUCCGUGCAGGGCGACCUGAAGACACCUGACGUCAGCAUGCAGCUUCCUUCUGCCGACCUGGAGCUCAGGCCCAGGCAGGAGGGCGAGAAACUGUCAGAGGACCUGCCGAGAGAUGCAGAGACAUCCGCCCAGGCUGCUGCUGGCGCCAGCCUUAAGGGCCACCUGCCCAAGGUGCAGAUGCCCAGCCUCAAGGUGCCCAAGGUAGACCUCAAAGGCCCCCACGUGGACGUGAAAGGCCCCAAAGUGGACGUUAAAGACCCCAAAGUGGACGUGAAGGGAGCCAAGGGCGAAGUGAGAGCCCCUGACCUGGAUGUGGCCCUACCCGGUGUGGAGGUCGACAUCCAGGCACCCUGUGCCAAGCUGGAAGGGGAUGUCUUGCUGGGUGACCAAGACGUGGCCGGCAAAGACACCAAGUUCAAGAUGCCCAAGUUCAAGAUGCCCUCCUUUAGUGUGUCCGCAUCUGGCAAGCCCAGUGUGGAGGCCUCCCUGGAGGUGGGGGCUCCCAAGGUGGAGGGGGAUGUGGCGCUGCCCUCUGUGCAGGGUGACCUGAAGACACCUGACGUCAGCAUUCAGCUGCCUUCCACUGACCUGGAGAUCAGGGCAGGCCAGGUGGGCGUUAACCUUAUGAAGGAUCAGCCUCCGGAUGUAGAGACGCACGCCAGGGCUGCUGCCGGGGGCGGCCUGAAGGGCCACAUGCCCAAGGUGCACAUGCCCAGCAUCAAGAUGCCCAAGGUGGAACUCAAGGGACCCCACGUGGACAUGAAGGGACCCAAACUGGAAGUGAAGGGCGCUGAGGGCGAGGUGAGCGGCCCCGAACUUGAGGUCUCCCUGCCUGGCGUGGAGGUGGACAUCCAGGCUCCUAGUGUAAACCUGGAAGGGGACGUGGUGCUGGCUGAGAAGGACCUGGCUGCCAAAGACACUAAGUUUAAAAUGCCCAAGUUCAAGAUGCCCUCCUUCGGAUUGUCUGCACCUGGCAAGCCCACAGUGGAGGCCUCCCUGGAGUUGGUGGCUCCCAAGGUGGAGAGGGACGUGGUGUUGCCAUCGGUGAAGGGGGACCUGAAGACACCUGACGUCAGCAUUCAGCUGCCUUCUGCCCACCUGGAUCUCAGGGCCGGUCAGGUUGGCGUGAAGCUGGCAGAAGACCAGCCGACUGAUGCAGAGACAUCUGCCCAGGCUGCUGCUGGGGCCAGCCUUAAGGGCCACCUACCCAAGGUGCAGAUGCCCAGCCUCAAGAUGCCCAAGGUAGAUGUCAAGGGACCCCACGUGGACCUAAAGGUCCCAAAAGUGGACAUGACUGGGGACAAGGGUGAGGUGAGGUCCCCCGACCUGGAGGUCGCCCUGCCCGGUGUGGAGGUGGACAUCCAGGGGCCGGCUGCCAAGGUAGGAGGGGACAUGGCUCUCGGAGAGAAAGAGGUGGCCACCAAAGACAGCAAGUUCAAGAUGCCAAAGUUCAAGAUGCCCUCCUUCGGCGUGUCCGUGCCUGGCAAGCCCACCGUGGAUGCCUCCCUGCGUGUGGGGGCUCCCAAGGUGGAGGGGGAGGUGGUGCUGCCCUCCGUGCAGGGCGACCUGAAGACACCUGACGUCAGCAUGCAGCUUCCUUCUGCCGACCUGGAGCUCAGGGCCAGCCAGGAGGGCCAGAAACUGUCGGAGGACCUGCCGAGCGAUGCAGAGACAUCUGCCCAGGCUGCUGCUGGCGCCAGCCUUAAGGGCCACCUGCCCAAGGUGCAGAUGCCCAGCCUCAAGGUGCCCAAGGUAGACCUCAAAGGCCCCCACGUGGACGUGAAAGGCCCCAAGGUUGACGUGAAGGCAGCCAAGGACGAAGUGAGAGCUCCUGACCUGGAUGUGACCCUGCCCAGCGUGGAGGUCGACAUCCAGGCACCCUGUGCCAAGCUUGAAGGGGUCAUCUUGCUGGGUGACCAAGAUGUGGCUGCCAAAGACACUAAGUUUAAAAUGCCCAAGUUCAAGAUGCCCUCCUUCGGUGUGUCGGCGCCUGGGAAGCCCACCGUGGAGGCCUCCCUUGAGGUGGGGGCUCCCAAGGUGGAGGGAGACGUGGCGCUGCCAUCGGUGAAGGGGGACCUGAAGACAACUGACGCCAGCAUUCAGCUGCCUUCUGCCCACCUGGAUCUCAGGCCCGGUCAGGUUGGCGUGAAGCUGUCGGAGGACCAGCCGACCGAUGCAGAGACAUCCGCCCAGGCUGCUGCUGGGGCCAGCCUUAAGGGCCACCUACCCAAGGUGCAGAUGCCCAGCCUCAAGAUGCCCAAGGUAGAUGUCAAGGGACCCCACGUGGACCUAAAGGUCCCAAAAGUGGACAUGACUGGGGACAAGGGUGAGGUGAGGUCCCCUGAACUGGAGGUCGCCUUGCCCGGUGUGGAGGUGGACAUCCAGGGGCCGGCUGCCAAGGUAGGAGGGGACAUGGCUCUCGGAGAGAAAGAGGUGGCCACCAAAGACAGCAAGUUCAAGAUGCCAAAGUUCAAGAUGCCCUCCUUCGGCGUGUCCGUGCCUGGCAAGCCCACCGUGGAUGCCUCCCUGCGUGUGGGGGCUCCCAAGGUGGAGGGGGAGGUGGUGCUGCCCUCCGUGCAGGGCGACCUGAAGACACCUGACGUCAGCAUGCAGCUUCCUUCUGCCGACCUGGAGCUCAGGCCCAGGCAGGAGGGCGAGAAACUGUCAGAGGACCUGCCGAGAGAUGCAGAGACAUCCGCCCAGGCUGCUGCUGGUGCCAGCCUUAAGGGCCACCUGCCCAAGGUGCAGAUGCCCAGCCUCAAGGUGCCCAAGGUAGACCUCAAAGGCCCCCACGUGGACGUGAAAGGCCCCAAAGUGGACGUUAAAGACCCCAAAGUGGACGUGAAGGGAGCCAAGGGCGAAGUGAGAGCCCCUGACCUGGAUGUGGCCCUACCCGGUGUGGAGGUCGACAUCCAGGCACCCUGUGCCAAGCUGGAAGGGGAUGUCUUGCUGGGUGACCAAGACGUGGCCGGCAAAGACACCAAGUUCAAGAUGCCCAAGUUCAAGAUGCCCUCCUUUAGUGUGUCCGCAUCUGGCAAGCCCAGUGUGGAGGCCUCCCUGGAGGUGGGGGCUCCCAAGGUGGAGGGGGAUGUGGCGCUGCCCUCUGUGCAGGGUGACCUGAAGACACCUGACGUCAGCAUUCAGCUGCCUUCCACUGACCUGGAGAUCAGGGCAGGCCAGGUGGGCGUUAACCUUAUGAAGGAUCAGCCUCCGGAUGUAGAGACGCACGCCAGGGCUGCUGCCGGGGGCGGCCUGAAGGGCCACAUGCCCAAGGUGCACAUGCCCAGCAUCAAGAUGCCCAAGGUGGAACUCAAGGGACCCCACGUGGACAUGAAGGGACCCAAACUGGAAGUGAAGGGCGCUGAGGGCGAGGUGAGCGGCCCCGAACUUGAGGUCUCCCUGCCUGGCGUGGAGGUGGACAUCCAGGCUCCUAGUGUAAACCUGGAAGGGGACGUGGUGCUGGCUGAGAAGGACCUGGCUGCCAAAGACACUAAGUUUAAAAUGCCCAAGUUCAAGAUGCCCUCCUUCGGUGUGUCCACACCUGGCAAGCCCACAGUGGAGGCCUCCCUGAAGAUGGGGGCUCCCAAGGUGGAGGGGGACGUGGUGUUGCCAUCGGUGAAGGGGGACCUGAAGACACCUGACGUCAGCAUUCAGCUGCCUUCUGCCCACCUGGAUCUCAGGGCCGGUCAGGUUGGCGUGAAGCUGGCAGAAGACCAGCCGACCGAUGCAGAGACAUCUGCCCAGGCUGCUGCUGGGGCCAGCCUUAAGGGCCACCUACCCAAGGUGCAGAUGCCCAGCCUCAAGAUGCCCAAGGUAGAUGUCAAGGGACCCCACGUGGACCUAAAGGUCCCAAAAGUGGACAUGACUGGGGACAAGGGUGAGGUGAGGUCCCCCGACCUGGAGGUCGCCCUGCCCGGUGUGGAGGUGGACAUCCAGGGGCCGGCUGCCAAGGUAGGAGGGGACAUGGCUCUCGGAGAGAAAGAGGUGGCCACCAAAGACAGCAAGUUCAAGAUGCCAAAGUUCAAGAUGCCCUCCUUCGGCGUGUCCGUGCCUGGCAAGCCCACCGUGGAUGCCUCCCUGCGUGUGGGGGCUCCCAAGGUGGAGGGGGAGGUGGUGCUGCCCUCCGUGCAGGGCGACCUGAAGACACCUGACGUCAGCAUGCAGCUUCCUUCUGCCGACCUGGAGCUCAGGGCCAGCCAGGAGGGCCAGAAACUGUCGGAGGACGUGCCGAGCGAUGCAGAGACAUCUGCCCAGGCUGCUGCUGGCGCCAGCCUUAAGGGCCACCUGCCCAAGGUGCAGAUGCCCAGCCUCAAGGUGCCCAAGGUAGACCUCAAAGGCCCCCACGUGGACGUGAAAGGCCCCAAGGUUGACGUGAAGGCAGCCAAGGACGAAGUGAGAGCUCCUGACCUGGAUGUGACCCUGCCCAGCGUGGAGGUCGACAUCCAGGCACCCUGUGCCAAGCUUGAAGGGGUCAUCUUGCUGGGUGACCAAGAUGUGGCUGCCAAAGACACUAAGUUUAAAAUGCCCAAGUUCAAGAUGCCCUCCUUCGGUGUGUCGGCGCCUGGGAAGCCCACCGUGGAGGCCUCCCUUGAGGUGGGGGCUCCCAAGGUGGAGGGAGACGUGGCGCUGCCAUCGGUGAAGGGGGACCUGAAGACAACUGACGCCAGCAUUCAGCUGCCUUCUGCCCACCUGGAUCUCAGGCCCGGUCAGGUUGGCGUGAAGCUGUCGGAGGACCAGCCGACCGAUGCAGAGACAUCCGUCCAGGCUGCUGCUGGGGUCAGCCUUAAGGGCCAGCUACCCAAGGUGCAGAUGCCCAGCCUCAAGAUGCCCAAGGAAGAUGUCAAGGGGCCAUAUGUGGACCUAAAGGCCCCAAAAGUGGACGUGACUGGUGACAAGGGUGAGGUGAGGUCCCCCGACCUGGAGGUCACCCUGCCCGGCGAGGAGGUGGACAUCCAGGCUCCUGGUGUCAAGCUGGAAGGGGACGUGGUCCUGGCUGAGAAGGACCUGGCUGCCAAAGACACUAAGUUUAAAAUGCCCAAGUUCAAGAUGCCCUCCUUCGGUGUGUCCACACCUGGCAAGCCCACAGUGGAGGCCUCCCUGAAGAUGGGGGCUCCCAAGGUGGAGGGGGACGUGGUGUUGCCAUCGGUGAAGGGGGACCUGAAGACACCUGACGUCAGCAUUCAGCUGCCUUCUGCCCACCUGGAUCUCAGGGCCGGUCAGGUUGGCGUGAAGCUGGCAGAAGACCAGCCGACCGAUGCAGAGACAUCCGCCCAGGCUGCUGCUGGGGCCAGCCUUAAGGGCCACCUACCCAAGGUGCAGAUGCCCAGCCUCAAGAUGCCCAAGGUAGAUGUCAAGGGGCCCCAUGUGGACCUAAAGGACCCAAAAGUGGACGUGACGGGGGUCAAGGGUGAGGUGAGGUCCCCCGACCUGGAGGUCACCCUGCCGGGCGUGGAGGUGGACAUCCAGGCACCAGCUGCCAAGGUAGAAGGGGACAAGGCUCUGGGAGACAAGGACUUGGCCACCAAAGACAGCAAGUUCAAGAUGCCCAAGUUCAAGAUGCCCUCCUUUGGUGUGUCCGCACAUGGCAAGCCCACCGUGGAGGCCUCCCUGGAGGUGGGGGCUCCCAAGGUGGAGGGGGACGUGGUGUUGCCCUCAGUGCAGGGCGACCUGAAGACACCUGACGUCAGCAUUCAGCUGCCUUCUGCCCACCUGGAUCUCAGGGCCGGUCAGGUUGGCUUGAAGCUGGCAGAAGACCAGCCGACCGAUGCAGAGACAUCUGCCCAGGCUGCUGCUGGGGCCAGCCUUAAGGGCCACCUACCCAAGGUGCAGAUGCCCAGCCUCAAGAUGCCCAAGGUAGAUGUCAAGGGACCCCACGUGGACCUAAAGGUCCCAAAAGUGGACAUGACUGGGGACAAGGGUGAGGUGAGGUCACCCGACCUGGAGGUCGCCCUGCCCGGUGUGGAGGUGGACAUCCAGGGGCCGGCUGCCAAGGUAGGAGGGGACAUGGCUGUCGGAGAGAAAGAGGUGGCCACCAAAGACAGCAAGUUCAAGAUGCCAAAGUUCAAGAUGCCCUCCUUCGGCGUGUCAGUGCCUGGCAAGCCCACCGUGGAUGCCUCCCUGCGUGUGGGGGCUCCCAAGGGGGAGGGGGAGGUGGUGCUGCCCUCCGUGCAGGGCGACUUGAAGACACCUGACGUCAGCAUGCAGCUUCCUUCUGCCGACCUGGAGCUCAGGGCCAGCCAGGAGGGCGUGAAACUGUCGGAGGACCUGCCGAGCGAUGCAGAGACAUCCGCCCAGGCUGCUGCUGGCGCCAGCCUUAAGGGCCACCUGCCCAAGGUGCAGAUGCCCAGCCUCAAGGUGCCCAAGGUAGACCUCAAAGGCCCCCACGUGGACGUGAAAGGCCCCAAAGUGGACGUUAAAGGCCCCAAAGUGGACAUGAAGGGAGACAAGGGCGAAGUGAGAGCCCCUGACCUGGAUGUGGCCCUGCCCUGUGUGGAGGUCGACAUCCAGGCACCCUGUGCCAAGCUGGAAGGGGAUGUCUUGCUGGGUGACCAAGACGUGGCCGCCAAAGACACCAAGUUCAAGAUGCCCAAGUUCAAGAUGCCCUCCUUCGGUGUGUCCAUGCCUGGAAAGCCCACCGUAGAGUCCUCCCUGGAGGUAGGGCCUCCCAAGGUGGAGGGGGACGUGGCGCUGCCCUCUGUGCAGGGUGACCUGAAGACACCUGACGUCAGCAUUCAGCUGCCUUCCACUGACCUGGAGAUCAGAGCAGGCCAGGUGGGCGUUAAGCUCCCGGAUGUAGAGACGCCCGCCAAGGCUGCUGUCGGUGGCGGCCUGAAGGGCCACCUACCCGAGGUUCAGAUGCCCAGCCUCAAGAUGCCCAAGGUGGAACUCAAGGGACCCCACGUGGAUGUGAAGGGACCCACACUGGAAGUGAAGGGCUCCCAGGGUGAGGUGAGCGCCCCCGAAUUUGAGGUCUCCCUGCCGGGCAUGGAGAUGGACAUCCAGGCUCCUAGUGUAAACCUGGAAGGGGACGUGGUGCUGGCUGAGAAGGACCUGGCUGCCAAAGACACUAAGUUUAAAAUGCCCAAGUUCAAGAUGCCCUCCUUCGGUGUGUCCAUGCCUGGGAAGCCCACCGUGGAAUCCUCCCUGGAGGUGUGGCCUCCUAAGGUGGACGGGAAUGGGGGGCUGCCCUCCGUGCAGGGUGACCUGAAGACACCUGAUGUCAGCAUUCAGCUGCCUUCCACCAACCUGGAGAUCAGGGCAGGCCAGGUGGGGGCUACCCUUACGGAGGGUCAGCCUCCCGAUGUAGAGAUGCCCGCCAAGGCUGCUGUCGGUGGCGGCCUAAAGGGCCACCUGCCCGAGGUUCAGAUGCCCAGCCUCACGAUGCCCAAGGUGGAAAUCAAGGGACCCCACGUGGACAUGAAGGGACCAAAACUGGAAGUGAAGGGCUCCCAGGGUGAGGUGAGCGCCCCCGAAUUUGAGGUCUCAGUGCCUGACCUGGAGGUUGAUAUGCAGGCGACUGGUGUCAAGCUGGAAGGGGACGUGGCGCUGGCUGAGAAGGACCUGGCCCCCAAAGACACCAAGUUUAAAAUGCCCAAGUUCAAGAUGCCCUCCUUCGGUGUGUCCGCAUCUGGCAAGCCCACUGUGGAGGCUUCCCUGGAGUUGGGGGCUCCCAAGGUGGAGGGGGAGGUGGCGCUGCCAUCGAUGAAGGGGGACCUGAAGACACCUGAUGUAAGCAUUCAGCUGCCUUCUGCCCAGGUGGAUCUCAGGGUUGACCACGUUGGCGUGAAGCUGGCGGAGGACCAGCCGACCAAUGCAGAGACAUCUGUCCAGGCUGCUGCUGGGGUCAGCCUUAAGGGCCACCUACCCAAGGUGCAGAUGCCCAGCCUCAAGAUGCCCAAGGUAGACGUCAAGGGGCCACAUGUAGACCUGAAGGCCCCACAUGUGGACAUGACAGGUGUCAAGGGUGAGGUGAGGUCCCCAGACCUGGAGGUCACCCUGCCCGGAGUGGAGGUGGACAUCCAGGUGACCACUGCCAGGCUAGGAGGGGACAUGGCUCUCGGAGAAAAGGAGGUGGCUGCCAAAGACAGCAAGUUCAAGAUGCCCUCCUUCAGUGUGUCGGUUCCUCGGAAGCCCACAGUGGAUGCCUCCCUGGAGUUGGGGGAUCCCAAGGUGGAGGGGGACGUGGUGCUGCCCUCUGUGCAGGGCGACCUGAAGACACCUGACGUCAGCAUUCAACUUCCUACUGCUGACCUGGAGCUCAGGGCCAGGCAGGAGGGCAUGAUGCUGGCACAGGACCAGCCGACCGAUGCAGAGACGCCUGCCCAGGAUGCUGCUGGGGCCAGCCUUAAGGCCCACCUACCCAAGGUGCGGAUGCCCAGCCUCAAGAUGCCCAAGGUGGACCUCAAGGGGCCCCACGUGGACGUGAAAGGCCCCAAAGUGGACGUGAAGGGAGCCAAGGGCGAAGUGAGAGCCCCUGACCUGGAUGUGGCCCUGCCCUGUGUGGAGGUGGAAAUCCAGGCACCCUGUGCCAAGCUGGAAGGGGAUGUCAUGCUGGGUGACCAAGACGUGGCCGGCAAAGACAGCAAGUUCAAGAUGCCUAAGAUCAAAAUGCCCUCUUUCAGUGUGUCCAUGCCUGGAAAGCCCACCGUAGAGUCCUCCCUGGAGUUGGGGGCUCCCAAGGUGGAGGGGGACGUGGCACUGCCCUCUGUGCAGGGUGACCUGAAGACACCUGACGUCAGCAUUCAGCUGCCUUCCACCGACCUGGAGAUCAGGGCAGGCCAGGUGGGUUUGAAGCUGCCGCAGGACCAGCCGACCAAUGUAGAGACAUCCGCCCAGGCUGCUGCCGGGGGCAGCCUGAAGGGCCACCUGCCCAAGGUGCAGAUGCCCAGCCUCAAGAUGCCCAAGGUGGACCUCAAGGGCCCCCACGUGGAUGUGAAAGGCCCCAAGGUGGACGUGAAGGGCUCCAAGGGCGAAGUGAGAGCCCCUGACCUGGAUGUGGCCGUGCCCAACGUGGAGGUGGAUAUCCAGCCACCCUGUGCCAAGCUGGAAGGGGACAUCGUGCUGGGUGACCAAGACGUCGCCGCCAAAGACACCAAGUUCAAGAUGCCCAAGUUCAAGAUGCCCUCCUUCGGGGUAUCCCUUCCUGGGAAGCCCAUCAUGGAGGCCUCCCUGGAGGUGGGGGCUCCCAAGGUGGAGGGGGACCUGGCGCUGCCCUCCGUGCAGGGUGACCUGAAGACACCUGACGUCAGCAUUCAGCUGCCUUCUGCCCACCUGGAUCUCAGGGCCAGGCAGGAGGGCGUGAAGCUGGCGGAGGACCAGCCGACCGAUGAAGAGGCGCCCGCCCAGGCUGCUGCUGGUGCCAGCCUUAAGGGCCACCUACCCAAGGUACAGAUGCCCAGCCUCAAGAUUCCCAAGGUAGAUGUCAAGGGACCCCACGUGGAUGUGAAAGGCCCCAAGGUGGACGUGAAGGCAGCCAAGGACAAAGUGAGAGCCCCUGACCUGGAUGUGACCCUGCCCGGUGUGGAGGUGGACAUCGAGGCACCGUGUGCCAAGCUGGAAGGGGACGUCUUGCUGGGUGACCAAGACGUGGCUGCCAAAGACACCAAGUUCAAGAUGCCCAAGUUUAAGAUGCCCUCCUUCGGUGUAUCCGUUCCUGGGAAGCCCACCGUGGAGGCCUCCCUGGAGGUGGGGGCUCCCAAGGUGGAGGGGGACGUGGCGCUGCCCUCAGUGCAGGGCGACCUGAAGACACCUGACGUCAGCAUUCAGCUGCUUUCUGCCCACCUGGAUCUCAGGGCCGGUCAGGUUGGCUUGAAGCUGGCAGAAGACCAGUCGACCGAUGCAGAAACAUCCGCCCAGGCUGCUGCUGGGGUCAGCCUUAAGGGCCAGCUACCCAAGGUGCAGAUGCCCAGCCUCAAGAUGCCCAAGGUAGAUGUCAAGGGGCCCCAUGUGGACCUAAAGGUCCCAAAAGUGGAUGUGACAGGGGUCAAGGGUGAGGUGAGGUCCCCUGAACUGGAGGUCGCCCUGCCCGGUGUGGAGGUGGACAUCCAGGGGCCGGCUGCCAAGGUAGGAGGGGACAUGGCUCUCGGAGAGAAAGAGGUGGCCACCAAAGACAGCAAGUUCAAGAUGCCAAAGUUCAAGAUGCCCUCCUUCAGCGUGUCAGUGCCUGGCAAGCCCACCGUGGAUGCCUCCCUGCGUGUGGGGGCUCCCAAGGUGGAGGGGGAGGUGGUGCUGCCCUCCGUGCAGGGCGACCUGAAGACACCUGACGUCAGCAUGCAGCUUCCUUCUGCCGACCUGGAGCUCAGGGCCAGCCAGGAGGGCGUGAAACUGUCGGAGGACCUGCCGAGCGAUGCAGAGACAUCCGCCCAGGCUGCUGCUGGCGCCAGCCUUAAGGGCCACCUGCCCAAGGUGCAGAUGCCCAGCCUCAAUGUGCCCAAGGUAGACCUCAAAGGCCCCCACGUGGACGUGAAAGGCCCCAAAGUGGACGUUAAAGACCCCAAAGUGGACGUGAAGGGAGCCAAGGGCGAAGUGAGAGCCCCUGACCUGGAUGUGGCCCUGCCCCGUGUGGAGGUCGACAUCCAGGCACCCUGUGCCAAGCUGGAAGGGGAUGUCUUGCUGGGUGACCAAGACGUGGCCGCCAAAGACACCAAGUUCAAGAUGCCCAAGUUCAAGAUGCCCUCCUUCGGUGUGUCCAUGCCUGGAAAGCCCACCGUAGAGUCCUCCCUGGAGGUAGGGGCUCCCAAGGUGGAGGGGGACGUGGUGCUGCCCUCUGUGCAGGGUGACCUGAGGACACCUGACGUCAGCAUUCAGCUGCCUUCCACUGACCUGGAGAUCAGGGCAGGCCAGGUGGGCGUUAAGCUCCCGGAUGUAGAGACGCCCGCCAAGGCUGCUGUCGGUGGCGGCCUGAAGGGCCACCUACCCGAGGUUCAGAUGCCCAGCCUCAAGAUGCCCAAGGUGGAACUCAAGGGACCCCACGUGGACGUGAAGGGACCCACACUGGAAGUGAAGGGUGCUGAGGGCGAGGUGAGCGCCCCCGAACUUGAGGUCUCCCUGCCCGGCGUGGAGGUGGACAUCCAGGCUCCUAGUGUAAACCUGGAAGGGGACGUGGUGCUGGCUGAGAAGGACCUGGCUGCCAAAGACACUAAGUUUAAAAUGCCCAAGUUCAAGAUGCCCUCCUUCGGUGUGUCCGCACCUGGCAAGCCCAGUGUGGAUGCCUCCCUGCAUGUGGGGGCUCCCAAGGUGGAGGGGGACGUGGCGCUGCCCUCUGUCCAGGAUAACCUGAAGACUCCUGAAGUCAGCAUUCAGCUGCCUUCUGCCGACCUGGAGCUCAGGGAAGGCCAGGUGGGUUUGAAGCUGCCGCAGGACCAGCCGACCAAUGUAGAGACAUCCGCCCAGGCUGCUGCCGGGGGCAGCCUGAAGGGCCACCUACCAAAGGUGCAGAUGCCCAGCCUCAAGAUGCCCAAGGUGGACCUCAAAGGCCCCCACGUGGAUGUGAAAGGCCCCAAGGUGGACGUGAAGGGCUCCAAGGGCGAAGUGAGAGCCCCUGACCUGGAUGUGACCCUGCCCGGCGUGGAGGUGGAUAUCCAGCCACCCUGUGCCAAGCUGGAAGGGGACAUCGUGCUGGGUGACCAGGACGUGGCCGCCAAAGACACCAAGUUCAAGAUGCCCAAGUUUAAGAUGCCCUCCUUCGGUGUAUCCGUUCCUGGGAAGCCCACCGUGGAGGCCUCCCUGGAGGUGGGGGUUCCCAAGGUGGAGGGGGAUGUGGCGCUGCCCUCGGUGCAGGGCGACCUGAAGACACCUGAUGUCAGCAUUCAGCUGCCUUCUGCCCACCUGGAUCUCAGGGCUGGUCAGGUUGGCUUGAAGCUGGCGGAAGACCAGUCGACCGAUGCAGAGACAUCCGCCCAGGCUGCUGCUGGGGUCAGCCUUAAGGGCCAGCUACCCAAGGUGCAGAUGCCCAGCCUCAAGAUGCCCAAGGUAGAUGUCAAGGGGCCCCAUGUGGACCUAAAGCCCUCAAAAGUGGACGUGACAGGGGUCAAGGGUGAGGUGAGGUCCCCUGAACUGGAGGUCGCCCUGCCUGGUGUGGAGGUGGACAUCCAGGGGCCGGCUGCCAAGCUAGGAGGGGACAUGGCUCUCGGAGAGAAAGAGGUGGCCACCAAAGACAGCAAGUUCAAGAUGCCAAAGUUCAAGAUGCCCUCCUUCGGCGUGUCCGUGCCUGGCAAGCCCACCGUGGAUGCCUCCCUGCGUGUGGGGGCUCCCAAGGUGGAGGGGGAGGUGGUGCUGCCCUCCGUGCAGGGCGACCUGAAGACACCUGACGUCAGCAUGCACCUUCCUUCUGCCGUCCUGGAGCUCAGGGCCAGCCAGGAGGGCCAGAAACUGUCGGAGGACCUGCCGAGCGAUGCAGAGACAUCUGCCCAGGCUGCUGCUGGUGCCAGCCUUAAGGGCCACCUGCCCAAGGUGCAGAUGCCCAGCUGCAAGGUGCCCAAGGUAGACCUCAAAGGCCCCCACGUGGAUGUGAAAGGCCCCAAAGUGGACGUUAAAGGCCCCAAAGUGGACAUGAAGGGAGCCAAGGGCGAAGUGAGAGCCCCUGACCUGGAUGUGGCCCUGCCCCGUGUGGAGGUCGACAUCCAGGCACCCUGUGCCAAGCUGGAAGGGGAUGUCUUGCUGGGUGACCAAGACGUGGCCGCCAAAGACACCAAGUUCAAGAUGCCCAAGUUCAAGAUGCCCUCCUUCGGUGUGUCCAUGCCUGGAAAGCCCAGCGUAGAGUCCUCCCUGGAGGUAGGGGCUCCCAAGGUGGAGGGGGACGUGGUGCUGCCCUCUGUGCAGGGUGACCUGAAGACACCUGACGUCAGCAUUCAGCUGCCUUCCACUGACCUGGAGAUCAGAGCAGGCCAGGUGGGCGUUAAGCUCCCGGAUGUAGAGACGCCCGCCAAGGCUGCUGUCGGUGGCGGCCUGAAGGGCCACCUACCCGAGGUUCAGAUGCCCAGCCUCAAGAUGCCCAAGGUGGAACUCAAGGGACCCCACGUGGAUGUGAAGGGACCCACACUGGAAGUGAAGGGCUCCCAGGGUGAGGUGAGCGCCCCCGAAUUUGAGGUCUCCCUACCCGGCGUGGAGGUGGACAUCCAGGCUCCUAGUGUAAACCUGGAAGGGGACUUGGUGCUGGCUGAGAAGGACCUGGCUGCCAAAGACACUAAGUUUAAAAUGCCCAAGUUCAAGAUGCCCUCCUUCGGUGUGUCCGCACCUGGCAAGCCCACUGUGAAGGCCUCCCUUGAGGUGGGGGCUUCCAAGGUGGAGGGGGAUGUGGCACUGCCAUCGGUGAAGGGGGACCUGAAGACACCUGAUGUCAGCAUUCAGCUGCCUUCUGCCCACCUGGAUCUCAGGGCUGGUCAGGUUGGCUUGAAGCUGGCGGAGGACCAGCCGACCGAUGCAGAGACAUCCGUCCAGGCUGCUGCUGGGGUCAGCCUUAAGGGCCAGCUACCCAAGGUGCAGAUGCCCAGCCUCAAGAUGCCCAAGGUAGAUGUCAAGGGGCCCCAUGUGGACCUAAAGGCCCCAAAAGUGGGCAUGACAGGGGUCAAGGGUGAGGUGAGGUCCCCCGACCUGGAGGUCACCCUGCCGGGCGUGGAGGUGGACAUCCAGGCACCCGCUGCCAAGGUAGAAGGGGACAAGGCUCUGGGAGACAAGGACUUGGCCACCAAAGACAGCAAGUUCAAGAUGCCCAAGUUUAAGAUGCCCUCCUUCGGCGUGUCCGUGCCUGGCAAGCCCACCGUGGACGCCUCCCUGCAUGUGGGGGCUCCCAAGGUGGAGGGGGAGGUGUCGCUGCCCUCCGUGCCGGGCGACUUGAAGACACCUGACAUCAGCAUUCAGCUGCCUUCUGCUGACCUGGAGCUCAGGCCCAGGCAGGAGGGCGUGAAGCUGGCGGAGGACCAGCCGACUGAUGCAGAGACAUCUGUCCAGGCUGCUGCUGGCACCAGCCUUAAGGGCCACCUACCCAAGGUGCAGAUGCCCAGCCUCAAGAUGCCCAAGGUAGAUGUCAAGGGGCCCCAUGUGGACCUAAAGGCCCCAAAAGUGGACGUGACAGGGGUCAAGGGUGAGGUGAGGUCCCCUGAACUGGAGGUCGCCCUGUCCGGUGUGGUGGUGGACAUCCAGGGGCCGGCUGCCAAGCUAGGAGGGGACAUGGCUCUCGGAGAGAAAGAGGUGGCCACCAAAGACAGCAAGUUCAAGAUGCCAAAGUUCAAGAUGCCCUCCUUCGGCGUGUCCGUGCCUGGCAAGCCCACCGUGGAUGCCUCCCUGCGUGUGGGGGCUCCCAAGGUGGAGGGGGAGGUGGUGCUGCCCUCCGUGCAGGGCGACCUGAAGACACCUGACGUCAGCAUGCAGCUUCCUUCUGCCGACCUGGAGCUCAGGGCCAGCCAGGAGGGCCAGAAACUGUCGGAGGACCUGCCGAGCGAUGCAGAGACAUCUGCCCGGGCUGCUGCUGGCGCCAGCCUUAAGGGCCACCUGCCCAAGGUGCAGAUGCCCAGCCUCAAGGUGCCCAAGGUAGACCUCAAAGGCCCCCACGUGGACGUGAAAGGCCCCAAAGUGGACGUUAAAGGCCCCAAAGUGGACAUGAAGGGAGCCAAGGGCGAAGUGAGAGCCCCUGACCUGGAUGUGGCCCUGCCCCGUGUGGAGGUCGACAUCCAGGCACCCUGUGCCAAGCUGGAAGGGGAUGUCUUGCUGGGUGACCAAGACGUGGCCGCCAAAGACACCAAGUUCAAGAUGCCCAAGUUCAAGAUGCCCUCCUUCGGUGUGUCCAUGCCUGGAAAGCCCACUGCAGAGUCCUCCCUGGAGUUGGGGGCUCCCAAGGUGGAGGGGGACGUGGCGCUGCCCUCUGUGCAGGGUGACCUGAAGACACCUGACGUCAGCAUUCAGCUGCCUUCCACUGACCUGGAGAUCAGAGCAGGCCAGGUGGGCGUUAAGCUCCCGGAUGUAGAGACGCCUGCCAAGGCUGCUGUCGGUGGCGGCCUGAAGGGCCACCUACCCGAGGUUCAGAUGCCCAGCCUCAAGAUGCCCAAGGUGGAACUCAAGGGACCCCACGUGGAUGUGAAGGGACCCACCCUGGAAGUGAAGGGCUCCCAGGGUGAGGUGAGCGCCCCCGAAUUUGCGGUCUCCCUGCCCGGCAUGGAGAUGGACAUCCAGGCUCCUAGUGUAAACCUGGAAGGGGACGUGGUGCUGGCUGAGAAGGACCUGGCUGCCAAAGACACUAAGUUUAAAAUGCCCAAGUUCAAGAUGCCCUCCUUCGGAUUGUCUGCACCUGGCAAGCCCACAGUGGAGGCCUCCCUGGAGUUGGUGGCUCCCAAGGUGGAGGGGGAGGUGGCGCUGCCCUCCGUGAAGGGAGACCUGAAGACACCUGAGGUCAGCGUUUACCUGCCUUCUGCCCACGUGGAUCUCAGGGCCGACCAGGUUGGCGUGAAGCUGGCGGAGGACCAGUUGCCUGAGUCCGAGAUGCUGGCCCAGGCUGCUGUAGGCACUGGCCUUAAGGGCCACCUGCCCAAGGUAAAGAUGCCCAGCCUCACGAUGCCCAAGGUAGACGUCAAGGGGCCACAUGUAGACCUGAAGGCCCCACAAGUGGACAUGACAGGUGUCAGGGGUGAGGUUAGGUCCCCAGACCUGGAGGUCACCCUGCCCGGCGUGGAGUUGGACAUCCCGGUGACCACUGCCAAGCUAGGAGGGGACAUGGCUCUCGGAGACAAGGAGGUGGCCACCAAAGACAGCAAGUUCAAGAUGCCCAAGUUCAAGAUGCCCUCCUUCGGUGUGUCGGUUCCUCGGAAGCCCACAGUGGAUGCCUCCCUGGAGUUGGGGGCUCCCAAAGUGGAGGGGGACGUGGCGUUGCCCUCUGUGCAGGGUGACCUGAAGACACCUGACAUCAGCAUUCAGCUGCCUUCUGCCGACCUGGAGCUCAGGGCCAGGCAGGAGGGCAUGAUGCUGGCGCAAGACCAGCCGACUGAUGCAGAGACGCCCGCCCAGGCUGCUGCUGGUGCCAGCCUUAAGGGCCACCUACCCAAGGUACAGAUGCCCAGCCUCAAGAUGCCCAAGGUGGAAGUGAAAGGCCACAAAGUGGAUGUGAAGGGAGCCAAGGGCGAAGUGAGAGCCCCUGACCUGGAUGUGGCCCUGCCCGGUGUGGAGGUCGACAUCCAGGCACCCUGUGCCAAGCUGGAAGGGUAUGUCGUGUUGGGUGACCAAGACGUGGCCGCCAAAGACAGCAAGUUCAAGAUGCCUAAGAUCAAAAUGCCCUCUUUCAGUGUGUCCAUGCCUGGAAAGCCCACCGUAGAGUCCUCUCUGGAGGUGGGGGCUCCCAAGGUGGAGGGGGACGUGGCACUGCCCUCUGUGCAGGGUGACCUGAAGACACCUGACGUCAGCAUUCAGCUGCCUUCCACCGACCUGGAGAUCAGGGCAGGCCAGAUGGACGUGAUGGUGUUGGAGCAUCAGUCGUCCGAUGUAGAAAUGUCUGCCCAGGCUGCUGCGGAUGCCGGUCCUAAGGGCCACCUGCCCACGGUCCAGAUCCCCAGGUUCAAGAUGUCCAAGGUAGACGUCAAGGGGCCCCAUGUGGAAGUGAAGGGCCCCAAAGUUGAUGUGACUGGUGGUAAUGAUGAGGUGGGUUCCUCCAACCGGGAAGGUUUUUUCCAUUAUCCCGAUGAUGAUGUUAGCCAUGCAGUAGCUGCUUUUCCGGCUGAUGGUUUUCCCGGUGCUGUUGUUUCACCCUCCCCUCAUACUUCUCAGUCUUUCUAUUCAUAUGUUGGCCGUUCUUCGAUCAUGGUGGACCCUCCACCUGGUUCUCUUGAUUCUACACUCCCUCAGUUCAGUGCGCGCAUUCUGUUUCCCAAAUUCCACAAGCCCAAAUUCGUCCUGUCUCUUCCACCUUCUGAGUCUGAAUGUCCUCCGUCUGUGCCCGAGGCUGGUGUCCAUUCACCUCAAGCCUCUGACACACUGUCUGGUUCAGCGGCCCCUCAGGUCCCGUCUUCUGAUGCUUCUGACGUCUGCAUUUUGGAUGUAUCUUCUAGUCAGUCUUUAAUCAGUCCACCACCCGAAACAUCUACUCUAGAAAUGAAAGACACUUCUUUCAAAUUGCCCAGUAUCAAGUUACCUUCCUUACAUUGGUCUCCAAAGAAGACAUCGGGGUCUAAAGUUGAGUCUGAUUCACAGGAGUCCCCACUGCCUAGUCUAGGUUUGUCCUCGGCGGAAACAGAUUCUGAAAUUCAAAGUGAGGUUUCCAUUGUAGAAUCCCCCCAGCAUGGAUCUCUGGACAAGGAAGUAGACAAGGGAAGAGGCCGGAAGCUGAGCUUCUCUCUGCCGCGACUGGCAUUACCCAAGGUAAAGGUUUCUAAGGGGUCGGCUGCUGUGCCACAGGGAGACCUGAGGCCUUCACUCACUGGUACCACAUCUGGAGGUGAUUUGGACGUCAUAGAAACAGCUGUCAGCGAUGCCCAUUUUGGGGACACUCAUUCAAAAGACGUCACCACAGAACUCCAUGUUAGAGCCUCUUCCACUACAGCAGAGUUGCCUACAUCCGAAACUGAACUUCCUCCUCCCAAAGAUGACCUGAAUGUCAGAGGUGACGGCAAAAGUCUCAAGACUGUCUCUCCAAGUCAGCCCUUUGGGGAACUGGCAACACCCAGAACAGAAGGCCUCCCGCAGCCAUCCGGGAGACAGGGGGAUAGUGCCCCCACCGUGGAAGACCUUGAGAUGGAUCCCACAGCAAAAGAGAUGUCAACGGACUCGAAAGAGCGCCGGUUCAGAAUACCCAAGUUCCGAGUUCCGGGUUUCAGACGCUCCUCAUCCAAGGAUCGAGACCGGGCUGGAGAACAGGAAGCCCCUCAAAAGUCACAGACUCCUGUCAUCGACAUGCCCUCAGAGGCAGAGGAAACAGCAGCAGCCUGCAUGCAGCUGUCCCAUGUGCCUGAGUCCAAGAUAGAGACACAUAUCUCCCUGGGGUCCCCAGAAGAAGGGACUGGUGUGAGGCCCCUAGAACGCCCAACGUAUGCCGAGGUUGUGAAACACGAUCUCCAUGGAACAGGCUCAAGGAUGCAUCACUCCACUGUUGAACUCUCCCGUACACAUCUGCCCACCCCUGAGUGUGGGAGCCAAGGUUCUAUCUCCCUCGAGGUCCCUGGUGUGAGAGUCUCAGAACCCCAGCUUCCUCCAGAAGGAACAGGCAGGGAGCAGCAUCCUGGGCCAGGAGGAAAUAUUCUUGAUGAGAUGGAGGCUAGAACGGGACACUUGGCUUCCCAGCCGCAAGGGCCUCUGAGGCUGAAGGCCUCCCUCACCGAAGUGCCAUCCCAGGUCUCUGUGGUGAGCAUGAGUCAGCUCUGGGAGGAUUCUGUACUGACUGUCACAUUCCCCAAACUGAAGGUACCCCGGUUCUCCUUCCCUGCUCCCAGCUCCGAGGCUGAUGUGUUCUUCCCUGUGGUGAGGGAGGUAGAGGCCAGUAUUGAUAGUACCGUUCAUAAGGGUAGCCCCGGGCUCUGGGAAGCCAGCAUUCUAAAGACGGGCACCGAGGAUACCGGAAUGCCACCAGCAAGCCCUGAGCAAUCUUCAGAAGCAUCUCCGAUUUCUAAGGUCAGAGUGCACAUUCAGGGCUCUCGAGGUGAGAGUCAAGAAGUUGCCAUUUCCAGCAGAGUGGAAGGAUCGAGUGCUGACCCCUUGGUCCCCGGACCCUUAUGUACUCAGAUUGUGCGGGAAUCAGAGAUCCCUGCUUCUACGAUCCAGACUCCUUCUUACGGGUUUUCGUUGCUGAAAGUGAAAAUUCCAGAGCCCCCUAUGCAGGCCUGUGUGUAUACAGUGGGUCCUGACUCCCAGGAGGGUGAGGGUGGAGUUCCCAUGCCAGCUGCUGCAGGGGGACACUCCAUUCCUGCUGAGGUCCCACCUGACACUGGCGAACCAUUUGAGAUUAUCUCUUCUGGAACUGGCAUGCCUCCUGGGCCCCAGCUUGUGGACGGCACCUCAGAUGAGGAACCAGCAGAGAUCCUUGAGUUUCCUGAGGACAGCCAGGAGGUUAAGGCCCCUGAUACAGAUACAAAACAGAAAGCAGAAGGUAAAAAGUCCAGCCUGCUGUGGUCCUGGCUUCCAAGUAUUGGGUUCUCCUCUGUGGAAGAGACAGCCGCUGAUUCCAGAGACACUACCCAAAGAUCUCCUGUCCACGUGCAGCCUACCGCUCGGCUGGACCCUGAACUGCCCAGAAAGCAGGAGAAGGCGGGCUGGUUCCGGUUUCCCAAGUUAGGAUUCUCCUCUUCACCAACCAAGAAGCCCAGAAGCACUGAAGAUGUCGAAGGCCAGGCAGAACACAAGCUCCAGGAGGAAACAGUAACCUUUUUCGAUGCUCGAGAAAGUUUCUCCCCAGAGGAGGAGGAGGAAGCCAAGUCAGAGGUGACAAGUGCUGGGCCUGGUUCUGAAGCAAUGGUGACAUCCUCUGCAAGAACAGAACUAGUACUGUUGGAACAGACUAGAGACACUGGUGACAAAUCUAUACCCAGGCCUGUGGCCAAAUGAGGUCAGAGGCCAGUCAGUGGGUGAGACAAACAACCAAACCUGAAACUUAGGUACUGGGCGCUACAAGUGCACCCCACCCUAGAACGCAUGAUCUUAUGUAGAUCCACAGGCUUGAGACCAAAGCAGAAAUGAAUAUCACCUACCUGUCACACACACACACACACACACACACACACACACACACACACACACACACACACACAGCCCUCCUAUAUGGACCCAAAAUACCAUACUUUCUUGCAAGCUUUGGAAGCAACAGAGGCUGCAAAUUUGUCUAGUUCUGAGAAUUCUGUUGGCCUUCAUGGGGUAAGUCCCAAGAGGCUGUCCAUCACCACAAGAGCAAUAUUGUCUCUGAGGUUCCUAUGCCUGUGCGGGUAGGAGCCGCUUUUGGGGUAACCUCUCUCUUGCUGCUGCUGUUUCCUGGUGAACUCAGCAGGCAGAGUAGGGUGCAUCCUGGGGAAACCCCAUUGCCUUUCUGGCCAUGCACUCCAACUCUAACCAAUGGCAUGCUUCGGGGUGUGGACUGAGGGUGUAUCUGUGUGGGAGAUAGAUCUGACCAGUGGCUGUCUGCACUCAGUGGUAACUAUGGGUUGUCCAGCAGGGUUCACACACGGGUUUGCCAUGAGACCUUGGUGUGGGUCUAUUUGUCUACUGGCCUGCCAGUGUGCAACUAUUUUCCCAGGCACGUACAAGUUCCAUGCUCUGGCUCCUGAGUGUACAGACUGCAGCAGCCCAUACAGACAGCCCUGUUCAGUCACCUUCAAUAAAGGAAGCGAUACAUUCAGUGGUCUGGUUUGCUGAGGUCUUUUGUUCUGGGACCCUCGUGUAUCCCUGUAGGAUGUCAUACAGGUGAGGGCGGGUACAGGAUAGAACGAGGCCUGUCAUUGGAUGAGAAGGAAGGAUGGGUGGGAGAAAAGUUUGAGGAAAUUCCACUCUGUGUAUUUACAGGUUGUUAUGAAUAUUCUUGAGGGAUGGAUGUGUAUAGGGCUUUGUAUGUUUAGGUGGGCAAUUAUAUCUUAUCUAUUAGAUCAGAGGUUAUUGUGUUAUGUGUUCUUUCUUGUGGAGAAUUGAGUCUGGGAGAGUGUGUGGCAGCAGAGACACUGAGCCACCAUGGAGUUGGGAUGUGUGCUUCUGGCAAGAUAUCUACCAGAUUCUUGGGGCACUGCGGUGCUGGACCUAGUGGGGAUAAGAGAAAACUGUUAUUAUAAUUUUACAAUAGAUGGCACCCAACGUGAGCCUCAAACCCACGGCCCUGAGAUUAAGAGUCUCGUGCUCUACUGACUGAGCUAGCCAGUACUAGCUUUCCUCUCAUUGCACUUUAGUCUUCCUCUCUACUGUGUAGCUCCAGAAACCAGAGCUGAGCUUCAUCUCAGAGGGGCUGCCAUUUUGCAUGUGUUUGACCACCACACCCUCAGCCAGAGACCUCAUGGGUACAGAGGAAGAAAUCAGAACCCUGAGUAGGGGAGGGCCACAAGCACACCCCUCCUGCCAUCUGGACAGAGCAGGGCUAGGAUGAGUAGGGCCAACACAGAGCAGCUAGUUGCCCUGGAGGCUUAGCUCAGGGCAUGGCCCAUCAUCAGAAGUUGCUUUUGCCUGAGGGACCUUCCUGCAGUCUGAAGUGAAUUCCUGUGUUACUGGAGCAAGGCCCGGGGCUUUCUGCAACUUCCUGACUGCCUACUGAGGCCUUCCUGGUAUUAUUCACUCUUCCCAGGGAGACACUGAAACUUGAAUUUAGCUCCCUCCUGACCCACAGAGGCUCUUGGCAACAAGUAUUCCUUCUCUCACAGACAGGAUGGAUGGCUUGUGGCUUGACUGAGUCACCCAUGAAGAGUGGGGUGGUGUGAGUACUGGCUACUCCCAAAGCUGCCCACAGAAGGCCAAAGGGUGGUAGCUGACAUGUAUAGGGGAAUGGCCAGGGAAGAAAGGUUGGGCUCUUCUCUCCAUGUCUCCAUGAGUAGCCACACAGGCUGGAGAGUCAGCCAAGUUGUGGAUGCAUAGAAGGUUCUGGAAAGCAUUCUGGGCCAGUACACCUUGGCCACACAGACAGGAACAGCCAUGAUACCCCUUGCCCAGUUUUCCCAGCCUCUCUCUGGCCUGACUUACAAGUGCCUGCCAAACUUGAUGUGUGCCCAGUAACACUACAGAGAGAGUCGGUCUACUGCACAUUCAUUAUUCCUCGCUUCCAAGGGUCAGGAGUCCCCGCCUGUCUUAAGUGAGUCCUCUGCUCAAGGCCCUCCAGGGAUGACAUCAGAUGUAAGCAGGGGCUAUGUUUCGUCUCCAGAUAGAGCCACUGAGGUUGCCAUAAUUGCUUUGUCAGUUACCUGGGAACUGGGUGAACAUGGAAGACUUCGUCUUUUUGUUUCCUGGUAGCCAUUGGUUACUCUAUCACAUGGAUUUGCCUGCAUAGCCAGCAAGGGUCCUACUCCCAGACAGACGGCAGUACGUUCUCAUGUCACUCAACCGAGGAUGAGAAAUCCCUUAUCUUGUAUGUUCUUUUAGAGACCACAAGGCAUGCGCCUUGCCCACACUCAAGGCAGGAGUACACAGAGGUGUAAGUACCUGGUAUUGGAUACCAUGGGACCCAUUAAAAGUUUGUCUGCCACCUCGAGAAGGGCCAUGUCAUAGUACAAGACCCUCACCAACUCCUAAACCUGUCAAGCUGGAUCUGUUUUAGAAUAAAUCAAGAAGUCUGGCACUGACACCAGUGGGUGAAACAGACCCAUCCUGGCUGAGCCAACAGGGCAGCCUGAACUGGUGUCUGCCCUGGAGUGUGUCUGAGAGUCAUGCAGCAAACCCACGUAUGCACUCUUGGAGCCUGGUGGGAGUCUGCGAGGAGCCGCCUCAGCCAUGGUAGAGGUUGGCCUUGCCCAGCCCCAGCACCUUUUAGGUCCCGAAGGGCCAUGUGAGCUGCCUGUAACCACACUUCCAGAUCCUUACACAAUUAGCAGGAAGGCAGGCUGGGUUUAGGGAGCUUUCUGCACAGACGGGGAGGCUGACCCCCAAGGUGUCCUUCAGGUGGGUGAGAAUGGGCACUGAUGAAGCAGCAAGAGCUUGGCCCCUGCCUGAUGUGAUCGUAUUAGCUGUCCCUGAGCGCAGAUGGAAGGAGAGGGCAGAGGAGGGGUGUUCAAGACUGCAGGACAGAAGGACCCUGGACAUCUAUUUUGUAUCCAGUGCUCUCCACACCCCAAACCAUCCCUGAGCUCCAACCCACUAAGACUCCUGGGACAUCAACAGGGCAGGUAGAUAUAGGAUGAUGUCAUUAUGCAGCAAGGCGGGCCCAGGAUAAGGCAAAGCCUAUCAUUGGAUGAGAAGGAAGGGUAGGUGGGGAAAAGUCUAGGAAGGAGAGAAGAGAAUCAGCGGAAAAUCAAGACGGAGACAGAGCAGGAUGAUCCAGAUCCAGGGGGACUAGGUCAAUUUUAUCCUGUCUAGCUGGGCGCUUUAUAUCUUUAUUAACUGGCAGUGAAUUUGUUGUGUGGAUUGGGAAUUUAACAUAUAAAUCUAAUCGUUAAAUUACAGGUUUCUGGAACUUUUAUUUUACCAGGCUAAAGAGGACAGUGUGUGAAAGAAAUGGCUGAGUGGGGUUGGGGAUUUAGCUCACAGUGGUAGAGCACUUGCCUAGCAAGUGCAAGGCCCUGGGUUCUGUCCCCAGCUCCGGGAAAAAAAAAGAAAA